AUGUCCGGAAAUUUUUCGUGCGUCCGGAAAACAUUCGGAAACGGUCAUGUUUUGGAACAUUUUCCGGACGCUCGAUUCUGGACAAAUUCUGGACAAAUUCUGGAGUGUCAAGAAAAUGUCUGGAAUUUAUAUUUAUAUUGUGGACAAUUAGACUUAAGCAUCGAGAAAGGUUCAGAUAUUUUAAAAUUAUUAGUUGCUACAGAAGAACUUGGAUUAAAUAUUCUUAAUGAAUUUAUUCAAGAAUUUUUAAUUGAAUAUUUGCAAAAUACCGACCCUCUUGGAGUUCUUGAACUUGUUUUUCAACAUAAAACCUUUACAAAUUUAAAGGAUAGCCUUUUAGAAAUUAUUUGUCAUGAGCCAAAGAUUUUAUUUGGGACUGAUAAAAUAUUGUCACUACCUGCACAGAUAUUGGAAUCAUUGCUUAAACGAGAAGAUCUUGUAUUAGACGAAAUUGAAAUAUGGGACAACUUAACUAAAUGGGCUCAUGCACAACAACCUACCGUUGAUAAGAAUCCUUUUGAAUGGACCAAAAAUGAAUUAGCUUUAAUGGAAAGAACACUCUUGAAGCUUAUCCCAUUAAUCAGAUUUCACGAUAUAACCUCCAAAGCAUAUUAUGAGAAAGUAAUACCUUAUGAAGAUUUGUUUCCAAAAAAAUUAAGACUUGAAAUUAUGAAGUUUUACUUGACUUCAGAUAUAAAACAGAUAGGAUUAUUACCAUCAAGGUCUUUUUUAGGUACUAUUGAUUCUGUUAUUAUAAAUAAAGAAUAUAUAGCAUUAUUUACAGGUUGGAUAGACAAAAAAGAAGCCGUGAAAGAGACUUAUAAAUUUAAUCUUAUUUUCCGUGCUAAUAGAGAUGGUGAUACAGCUGCAAGUUUUCAUGCUAAAUGUAAUGAUAAAGGAGCAACUAUUGUUGUUGCAAAAAUUAAGGGAUCAAAUAAAGUAGUUGGAGGAUAUAACCCACUUGAUUGGAAUGGAAAUGGCGAUAAAAGUACGCCAGAUAGUUUCAUAUUUAUAUUCGAAGAUUAUAAUAAUAUUUGUACUGGUAGAAUAGGUAGAGUAAUUCGUGAAUCGCAUGCUGUACGUUGUCUUAUUGAUUAUGGUCCACUUUUUGGAUCUUAUAACCGUGGUAGUAAUGAUAUAAUGGUAACUAGAGAUGGUAAAUGGAGUUCUGUAACAAAUUCAUAUCCUAAUAUUAACAUCCCGAGAAAUUUUGUAAUUGAUGAUUAUGAAGUUUUUCAGGUGAUUAAAAAGUAA